AUGAGUUUGACAACUAUGUCAGUCAUCAUUGCCAUGUUGCUCAUCACAUCGUAUUUUGGGCUACCAUCGCUACUUUCACCACUCUCCUCUUUCCGUUCAUCCGUAGCACUCCGACCGGCCACCGCUGCUCGUUUCCAUAUCGCAAGAGCAUCAUUUGCUUCAUCCACUCAGAUGGAGGCGGAACAUUAUAAAUUUGGACCUUACAAGAUUGAUCAAAAGGAAGUAUUUUAUUCUACUGAUCUUUCAUAUGCUUUGGUCAAUCUCCGCCCUCUUCUUCCUGCACAUGUGCUUGUUUGCCCAAAGCGUGAAGUAAAGCGAUUUGUUGACCUCACCACAGAGGAGACCAGUGACUUGUGGAUUUCGGCCCAAAAAAUUGGGAGACAGCUUGAGAAGUACCACAAAGCUUCUUCACUUACAUUUGCAAUCCAAGAUGGGCCCCAAGCAGGACAGACAGUUCCUCAUGUUCACAUCCACAUUGUCCCUAGGAAAGGUGGGGAUUUUGAGAACAAUGAUGAGAUCUAUGAUGCUAUUGAUGAGAAGGAGAAGGAACUGAAGAAGACACUUGACUUGGACAAGGAAAGAAAAGAUAGAAGCAUGGAGGAAAUGGCUAAAGAGGCAGAUGAAUACAGGAAGCUUAUUUUCUGAUUAAACUAAUGGUUUUUUCAAUAUCUUUUAUUUUAAAUUUUACAAAUUGGAUAUGGAAAUUUGAUUCUGCCAUUGGCUGCACCUUCAAACAAAACAGUUAUAUUUCCUGGAACUAACAAAUGAAAGAUAAGUUUGGUAAA